UCUGACGUCAUGUGUCAAUCGCAGACCUCGUAAAUACUUCCGCCUUGAGCCCUGUUGUCAUGGAAAUCAGCGCAGCUUCUGUCACCGCCCCGGCGGCUCUCAGGGGCCCAAUAAUUGGCGAUAUCGGAAAUUGGGCUGACAGAACACCUGUUCACGAUGCUUCAAGAAAUGGACAAGCAUUACAACUGAAGGAGUUGAUUGACAGUGGGAUCUGUGUGAACCUGGUCACAGUAGACUCUAUAACACCCUUACACGAAGCCUGCCUCAAUGGGCAUACUCACUGUGUUCAGUUACUUCUUGCUGCUGGAGCCCAGGUUGAUGCUCGGAAUAUUGAUGGAAGUACACCUCUCUGUGAUGCAUCCGCUGCUGGCAGUCUCCAAUGCAUAAAACUCCUUUUAGACAAUGGCGCUAAAGUGAAUCCUCCACUUUUUACUGCCUCCCCACUCCAUGAAGCAUGUAUGAGCGGUAAAUCUGAGUGUGUGAAGUUUUUAAUAGACGUGGGUGCAAAUCUUGAAGCUCAUGAUUGCCAUUUUGGGACCCCCUUACAUGUGGCCUGUGCUAGAGAACAUCUUGACUGUGCUAAAGCUUUACUCAGUGCAGGAGCUAAUGUAAAUGCAGCAAAGCUACAUGAAACAGCACUCCACCAUGCAGCAAAGGUGAAAAAUAAAGAUCUAAUUGAGAUGCUUGUUGACUUUGGAGGAAAUGUAUAUGCCAGAGACAACAGGGGGAAAACGCCUUCAGAUUACUCCUGGCCAAAUAGUCCUACUGCAAAAUGUUUGGAGUACUAUGAAAAAAUGCCAAGGAAUUUGUCCCAACUCUGCAGAGUCAGUCUGAGAAAAGCUCUUGGUCAAAGACCAGUGCAGAAAAUCUCUAAAUUGAAUAUCCCUCCACGACUCAUAGGAUAUGUUUCAUAUGAUUAAACUGAUUAAAUUGCAGCAAGAUGCAACAUUUUGUCUUACAAAAGUCCUCACAGGCUAAAAAGAAGACAUUCAGUGACAAAUGGUAAAAUUGGCCUGCAGAUCUAACAAGCUGGAAGAGUUGGUUGAAGUAUCUUCAUACAGAAAUAGAAUUACCGUAUAUACUCGAGUAUAAGCCGAGUUUUUCAGCACAUUUUUUGUGCUGAAAAACCCCAACUCGGCUUAUACUCGAGUCACUGUCUGUAUUAUGGCAAUUUACA